CUCCUCCCUCUAACUAGAAAUGGGAACUCGAUGGUAUCUAGAGGGAGAUGAUUCAGGGGAACGCAGGCCUGGUGUGGAAACUCUGUGUGUGUGUGUGUGUGUGUGUGCGCGUGCGCGCGCGCGUGCUCUUCUCUACACGGUGACUGACAGCUCCCAGCUUCUCUGGUCACCAUGGCUCUUACUGGCUCCUUUGCUGUCCCCGGCUGUCCCCCACAUCACCUCCCCACCCUGCUGCCUGUGUCCAGAGAGUGUGCACAGGUUCCAGUGGAUCAGAAACCUGGUUCCGGAGUUCGGAGUCUCGAGCUCUCACGUCAGGGUGCUUUCUUCCCCGGCAGAGUUUUUCGAGCUCAUGAAGGGGCAGAUAAAAGUGGCCAAGAGGCGGGUCGUGAUGGCAUCCCUCUACCUGGGGACGGGCCCUUUGGAGCAGGAGCUGGUGGAUUGCCUGGAAAGUACUCUGGAAAAGUCUCUUCAAGCAAAGUCCCCUUCAGACCUGAAGGUCUCCAUUCUCUUAGACUUCACACGGGGCUCAAGAGGCAGGAAGAACUCGCGCACGAUGCUGCUUCCACUCUUGCAGAGGUUUCCAGAACAGGUCAGAGUCUCACUCUUCCACACGCCCAACCUCCGUGGCCUGCUCCGACUCCUCAUCCCUGAGCGCUUCAACGAGACCAUCGGCCUCCAGCACAUCAAGGUGUACCUCUUCGACAACAGUGUCAUCCUCAGCGGCGCAAACCUGAGCGACUCUUACUUCACCAACCGCCAGGACCGCUACGUGUUCUUGCAGGACUGCGCGGAGAUUGCCGACUUCUUCACAGAGCUUGUGGAUGCUGUGGGGGACGUGUCCCUGCAGCUGCAGGGGGAUGACACGGUGCAGGUGGUGGACGGGAUGGUGCACCCGUACAAAGGUGACCGGGCCGCCUACUGCGAGGCCGCCAACAAACGGGUGAUGGGUGUGAUCAACUCCGCCAGGGCCCGCCAGCAGGUGUUGCACGCCCAGACCUUCCACAGCGACUCCCUCUUGACCCAGGAAGACGCAGCAGCUGCUGGUGAUCGGAGACCGGUCCCUGACACCUGGAUUUAUCCACUGAUCCAGAUGAAGCCCUUCGAGAUUCAGAUCGACGAGAUCGUCACUGAGACUCUGCUGACAGAAGCCGAGCGAGGCGCCAAGGUCUACCUCACCACCGGCUACUUCAAUCUCACCCAGGCCUACAUGGACCUGGUCUUGGGCACGCGGGCUGAGUACCAGAUCCUGCUGGCCUCACCGGAGGUGAAUGGCUUCUUUGGGGCCAAGGGCGUGGCUGGCGCCAUCCCGGCGGCCUACGUGCACAUUGAGCGGCAGUUCUACAGCGAGGUGUGCAGCCUGGGGCAGCAGGAGCGGGUGCGGCUACAGGAAUACUGGCGGAGGGGCUGGACGUUCCACGCCAAAGGCCUCUGGCUGUACCUGGCAGGGAGCAGCCUGCCCUGCCUCACGCUGAUUGGCUCUCCUAAUUUUGGGUACAGGUCAGUUCACCGGGACCUGGAGGCCCAGAUCGCCAUCGUGACGGAGAACCGAGCUCUGCAGCAGCAGCUUCACCAGGAGCAAGAGCAGCUCUACCUGCGGUCAGGCAUGGUGUCUUCUGCCACCUUCGAACAGCCCAGUCGGCAGGUGAAGCUGUGGGUGAAGAUGGUGACACCGCUCAUCAAGAACUUCUUCUGAGGACAGGGAUGGCCUUGAUGAAGAUGACUGGCAUGGCCGGCGUCAGCUCCUUCAGCCGUGCCUCAGCGAUGACUCCGGUCUGGGUGUCCCAGCGAGCACCUGCGGGGUCAGGGCGACCCUGGUGAGACGACUGGGGCCUG